UGCCCAGGGCGGUGGCGGCGAUUUCGUGCAGAAGAUCGGCUCCAACUCCUUUAUGGUGACUCCCCGGGGGCGCCGCCCCAGGGUCGCAGCCGCCUCUGCGCUCAGUAAUGGGCCCGUGGAGGACACUGCCCCUCCGUCUCCCUCCAGGAGUCCCGGUCAGCAUGGGGGGGCCGCCGUCCCCAAAGCCGUGCCAUGCUCCAGGGCCACCGCAGCUUUGUCACCUCUGCUAGAAGCCAGCGCUGGGAAGCCAAAGCCCGAGGCCGCCGUUGAGGCCUCGCCACAGCUGCUCCCGCUGUCCAGUGCCAGUCCGGACAGAUGUGCCUUGGCCGGUCCACCCCGGCCCUCUCCGCUCUUCAGCUCCAGCUGCUCCUUUGAGAUCCGCCCAGCCCCCAAGCCCGAUCUGUCUGCCAUUCCUGCUCACGACCUCCAGGCACGUGCCUUGGCCAGUCUGCGUCUCAACUCCCGUAACUCUUUUCUUUUUGUGCCCUGCCGGAAGGAGGAAGCCGCUGGCCCUCCUGAGCCCGUGGAAGCUCUCUCCUCUGUGCCUGGAGAGGCCCUUCCCGGUGUCCCCGAGAAGCCCGCUGAGGCUCUGGUCCCCGUGACUUACAUAGAUGAGGAUUUAGUGGCACCGGUGUGUGCACACAUGCCCCCCUUGAAAGCCUUGAGCCCGAGACUGGAGGGCUUUGAUGUGCCCCGAGAAGGUACCUUGGCUCUUGAGAUGGAGGAUUCUGCUUUACCCGCAUACAGGCCCCUUUCCACUGGUUCUGUUGCUCUGUCUCAAAAAAGUACUAGCACCUUCACUGUAGUGCCCAAAAGGAAGCCCCCCGCUGCUGGCCUGGAGACCUUCAGCAGAGCAUGGCUGCAGGAGGAAGAGGAGGAGGAGGAGGAGGACAAAAGCCAAACUAAAGCCAAGACGGGAGCCCCCCAGCAGGAAUUAGGUCAUGUCAAAAAACGCUAUCCCACUGUGAAUGAGAUCGAAGUGAUAGGGGGCUACCUUUCUCUGGAUAAGUCCUGCAUGAGCAAAUCAGGUUUUCGGCGCAAAAAGAUGAAGAUAUCUUUCAAUGAGACCAGUUUGCAAACAAUGUUUGAAUAUCCAGCUGAGAGCUCUUUAGUGGAAGAGGAAGAAGAGGAGGAAGAAGAGGAGGAAUAUGCCACAGAAGUAGAUGAGAAACCUGCCUUUUUCAUUCCUCGCCCAAACAGUACUAUGAACUCAGUCAACUCAGGCGCUCAUACUUUUUUGAUAGGUUUGUCAAGUUACACUCCCAAGCACUCCAUGGGCCUCAACAAGUGGCAGGAGCAACAGCAUGAGAAGCUGCCUCCAAGCAUUGAAUCCCUUCCACAGGAAACUGACCUGCCAGAUCAACAAGUCAUGCUCACCCCUGCCGAAAAGAGCCACCUCUCUGAUUUCAGUAGCGAGCCUGCGCUCUACUUCUGAUUUUUAACGCUGGAGAGAGAUAUUCCUGGUUUCUGUGGAGGAGCUUUGAGAGACAAAGGCAGUGCGCGAAGCCAAACUUCUCUUCCCUCAUCAGGUAUUGAGACGUCCCGGAGGGCCUCACGUUCAAAAGCGCCCCUUGUUUUGGCAGCGUGGGUUUCUUACCUGCCAUCUUACUGUUCUGAAAGAAACGCCUGAAGAGCAACUCCUGAGGCAGCCAGACGCUGAACGGGCUGCCAGAUGCUUGGAGACUGCUUUUUGGCCACUGGGCUGAGCGGCUUCCUCCAGCCAGAUGUGUGUGAGCUGGCUCAGUGAUGAGCCAAGCAAGCAAGCAAGCAAGCAAGCAAGCAAGCUGUGAUUUGGCAGCUGUGACCUAAUAGAAAAUAUUAUCGCGGAAUUCACCUUGGGGAAAUCAUGCUCUGAACACUUAGCAAAAGCAGCCUUUGGGUUUUGCAGCUGGGCAAAUAAUGAGAAAUGCCGUUGCCUCGAGUAGACUAACUGAACGCGUAGAUUCUGUUACUUUAAAGAAAGUACCAACUCCCAAAGGGCCAAUCACACACACGUGCCCUAAUCUGAUGCUGGUAUUUCUGUGACCAAAUCCUAUAUAAGGUUGGCUGUGCAGCAGUUUCUUAGAUGCAUCUUGUGGCAACUGGAAUUAUGUAGAAAGCUGGCAGUUUGUGAUCUUUAGCCUUUUUUGAGCUGAUCCUUGGUGCACAUAUUUUCUUUGCCAGACCCAAAAUUUUGGUAACAGGUUUGAGAGUUACCGUGUCUGAAUGAAGCUCUAGGCAAGGUGGCCGGUCGUUCAUCUGCAGUGCCACUAAGUGCUGUUUCACUCCUGGGGGCAUCUUCCCCUGCACAGCUCUUAGAGCCAAGUUUUCCAGGACCGACGCAGCUCAUGUCUGAAUCCUGGGAGAAUGGAGACUCAUGGCUCUCUGAUCCUUCCACUGCAAAGUAAAAUGAUAACCUUUUGCUGUCACAUUUUCCAGAAAGCAGCUGGUCUGAUCAUCUGAAGGAGGUUUAUGUUGUUUGAUUGGCUAGCACUGCAUUCAUGUUGUGGAAACCAGAGCAAACACUAUCUUUAGCAUCUCAGUAGCACUCCAGGCAAGAGCAGAACAUUAUGUGUUUAUGGAGGUGACUCAGCCACACGUUUAGCCUCCUAUGAAAGGACCAAGUUUUAAACCUCCUGGAGAGUGUGUGUGUGUCUGCUUUCUGUUUAGUAUCUAAAAUCAAAGCAAGCUAGUUUACUGUUGUGUAUUUUGCACUUAAUAAUUGUUUAUUAAGGGAGGAAGUUGGGGCUUCUGAUCUUACACUCAGCUGGCCGCUCUUGCCCGAUCUAGCUGGAGAAACCAACCCGCUAUACAGGUUCCCCUUCCCCCUUAGAAUGGUGUAACUUUGGGCUUUCCAGGUUCAUUAAACUACACAAGUGAUUUCUUCA